GUUUUUUCUUUUAUAAAAAGCAUGCUGUAUUCAAGAAGAAGCUAAUAUGUUUCUUUUUUCCUAUCUUUCUCUUUCUCUUUUUUUUUUCCCCUAUUACUAUAUAAUUGCUUUAUUAUAAGCAGUUAUAUUUAUAUACACAUAUAUAGAAUAAUAAUAGCAUAGAAUAUAAAUAUAUAUUCCUUUCUUUCUAUUCGUUUUUCUUUUACUUAUAUGGAUCAUCACUAUCAUCAUAAUAAUAACAGUCGACGCAAUAUAUACUCUAACCCUUUUUCUAAUAAUAACUUAUGUGAAUAUCCAAAGACAUUACAAAAACCAAAUAAAAUUAUGUUAGUAGAUCAUUACAAUCACUCUUCAUCUGAAUUACAUCAUGAUCGUUCACAAGAGAUCACUUGGUUAUUCUUCAGAGAUAAUAAAUGGGUACCUUUUCAAUCAAAUAAUCAUCAUAAAAUAGAACAAGUAUUUACAUUAGGCGGUAUUUAUGUAGAUAUUAAUGAUAUUAAUUUUCCUCAUUUAAAAAGUAUACGGGUAUUUCCAACGAGGAUGUAUUUAUCAUAUCUCGGUAUGAAGUAUCGACUCAGUUGUGUUAUACAAGGAUCAUGAUAUAAUAGUUACACUUAUAUUUAAUUAUAUGUACAUGCUGACAUAAGAUGCCUGUAAAUGAUGCCAUUAAUGCACGUUGGUGUGCAAAUUUGGCUUGAUAUCCACCAGCUUUUACCUGCUUAUUAUUAUGAAUAUAUUCUGUAGAUCUAUGUAGAAAUAUAUAAAUACAUCAUGCAUCCUAUUUUAAUAUAAAUAUAAAUGUAUAACUUACGAAUCCAUAUAAUUUUCACGCACGGUAUAUCCGGAGGUAUAUUCAUAUUGUAAUGCUAGUGGAUCAAAAUUUCUUGCUUCAUUCUCUCUCAUAUCAACAUCUGCUUCCAUUGCUGUCGUAAUCCAAGAGGGAAUAAACAGUUUAUUAUCUGUC